CUCGACGUAGCCUAAUUAAUAUUUAUCAGUCGUGGUCGUCAGAUUUGGCGGUAAUUUCGUUGAUGUGAGUUGAGUUUUCUGCUGUGGCAUGGAGUCAAAACUGGACCCGUACUUAGAUCUUAUACAAAGAAUGAUAAAUGAUGGACGCACGGACGAGCAAGUGUCAGAUUUUCUUCGAUUUGAAUGUGGCAUUUCAAGGGGCGCAUCAAAAGCUAACAUACGCCGCUUUUGUGCUGAACGGGGGUUAAAGAGAAUCCGUGUACAGGAUUCCCAACUAGAGGUAGAUGUUGCAAAGGCAAUUACUGAGACUGGACCAACCUAUGGAAGGAAAAUGAUGACUGGGUACCUGGUUUCAAAAGGAGUUAAAGCGUCAGAAGGCAGAGUGGGACAAUUGCUUCGAAGCAUUAAUCAGCCCUAUCAUAUAGCUCGAUACAAUGGAUGUCGGAACAUAAAUCCAGUGCCUUACAGCGCUGACUACAUGGGUCACAAAUUACACAUAGACCAAAAUGAGAAGAUGGUCAUGUUUGGUGUGACACAUGUAGCAGCUAUAGAUGGAUUCUCCAGUAAAAUUGUUGGACAUUCCACUAUGCCAGUAAAAAACAACUUGGUCAUAUAUCAAGAUGUUUACAGAAGUGCUGUGUUAGAAUAUGGCAUUUGGGACCAGGUCAGGGUGGAUCAUGGCAAGGAGUUUUUCUUGACACUUUUCAUGCAGGAGAAACUGGCAGACCACCGGUACAACACAGAAAGGCAGCCAUAUCGGCAAACAUCCUCAACUAAAAAUCACACAAUUGAAAGAAUAUGGCCUGAAGUGAAUAACCGAGUGAAUUAUCCAGUGAAAGGUGCACUUAUGCAAUUAGUGAACCAGGAGGAACUGGACAUGGAAGAUGACCUGACACGUUAUUGCGUGUCUGCACUAUCUUGUCAGGUUGCUACAGUUGGUCUUGACCGUGUGGUGCAGUCCUGGAAUGCUCACCGGAUUCCAGAAAAGGGGGUUCCUAAUGUUUUGGCUCAUGGAGGAUGCCAAAAGAGAGUGUCUGUGGAUCUUUUGCCAAAUGCAGUGGAGGCUGCAGGCUGGUAUGACCGUGAAGCAAGAUCUUCUUUGACACGGGUUUCAACUUUUGGGCAGAAUCCAUUUCGGUCACCAGAGGACCAGGUUGCUGUGGAGAGGCAAUUCUCUAUGCAGUGUCCUGACAUUGCAUCUCUUUUUGAACGGGUUGUCAAUUUCCAACAAGAAGAGUUCCAAAAUGCUUUGAAAAUACUAAUUGAUCUUGUUCGAGUUCAUGCUUAAGUGUUCCUUACUGUCUUCUGAAUUAAAGGAUACUCCACUUUAAAAUAAAUUCUGUCGUCAUAUACUCGCCCUCAUGUUUUUUUCAAUCCUUUAUGAACUUCUUUCUUCUGCUGAAUAGAAAGGAAGAUAUUUAGGAGAAUGUCAGUAACCAGACAGUUUCUGGUCUCAUUGACUUCCAUAGUAGGAAGAUAUAUAUUAUAUAUAAUAAUAAUAAUAAUAUAUAUAUUUUAUUAUCUAUUCGGCAGAAGAAAAAUUCAUAAAGGGUUGAAAAAACAUGAGGGUGAGUGUAUAUGAUGACAUAAAAUUUAUUUUAAAGUAGAGUAUCCUUUACAAAGUGAACUGCAUCAAGUUCCUGUGGAAUAAAAAA